AUGGAAUCUGUAAAACGAGCCAAAGAACGUUAUCGACAGUAUCCACUCCUAUUAGCAAAGUGUAGAAAAGAAGCUACGAGUUAUGCCACAUGUGUUUUGAAAAGAGACAGUGUUGCUAUGAAUGAUUGUAAAAAGGAGUUUGUAGAUUUUAAAACUUGUUUGCAAAAAGCUGCGACCAGUUUAAAAACUAGAAUUUAA